GCUCCCCCAGCCACCAAAGAGCCCAGGAGGUGCUGCUGCAGCUUGAGCCUGCCCACAGCUCAAGAUGGACACCGGUGUCAUUGAGGGGGGGCUAAAUGUCACACUCACCAUCAGGCUACUCAUGCAUGGGAAGGAGGUGGGGAGCAUCAUCGGGAAGAAAGGAGAAUCCGUGAAGAAGAUGCGGGAGGAGAGCGGAGCUCGCAUCAACAUCUCGGAGGGGAACUGCCCCGAGCGGAUCAUCACCCUGGCUGGCCCCACCAAUGCCAUCUUCAAAGCCUUUGCAAUGAUCAUUGACAAACUGGAAGAGGACAUCAGCAGCUCCAUGACCAACAGCACCGCCGCCAGCAGGCCCCCGGUCACCCUGCGGCUUGUGGUGCCCGCCAGCCAGUGCGGCUCCCUGAUCGGCAAAGGAGGCUGCAAGAUCAAGGAGAUCCGAGAGAGCACGGGGGCCCAGGUGCAGGUGGCAGGGGACAUGCUGCCCAACUCCACCGAGCGAGCCAUCACCAUCGCCGGCAUCCCCCAGUCCAUCAUCGAGUGUGUCAAACAGAUCUGCGUCGUCAUGCUUGAGUCCCCCCCGAAGGGCGUCACCAUCCCGUACCGACCCAAACCAUCCAGCUCCCCUGUCAUCUUUGCAGGCGGUCAGGACAGGUACAACACCGGCAGUGCGAGCUACCCCCACACCGCCCCAUCCAUGUGCCUCAACUCUGACUUGGAGGGACCACCUCAGGAGGCCUAUACCAUUCAAGGACAGUAUGCCAUUCCACAGCCAGAUCUGACCAAGCUGCACCAGUUGGCAAUGCAACAGUCACACUUCCCAAUCACCCAUGGUAACACUGGAUUCAGUGGCCUUGACUCCAGCUCUCCAGAGGUGAAAAGCUAUUGGGGUUUGGAUGCCUCUGCUCAAACCACCUCCCAUGAACUCACCAUUCCAAAUGAUCUGAUUGGCUGCAUCAUCGGGCGCCAGGGCGCCAAGAUCAACGAGAUCCGCCAGAUGUCCGGGGCGCAGAUCAAGAUCGCCAACCCGGUGGAGGGCUCCACCGACAGGCAGGUCACCAUCACCGGCUCGGCAGCCAGCAUCAGCUUGGCCCAGUAUCUAAUCAAUGUCAGGCUCUCCUCGGAGACCGGGGGCAUGGGAAGCAGCUAGGGGGCCCCCGGCGCGGACCCUCGGCCUUCACCACCUCCUCACCAUCCAUCUGGGGGUAGUCCCUUAGCAGCCAGCCCCAGGUUUCAACUAGCUCUGGACAUUUGAUUUAUU